CUAUUUCUGCUUUCUGACACACUGACUCUCUUCAUUUCUAUUCUGGACUUUAAAAAAGAUUCAGAAAUUAGCAGAUGAGGAAGACAAACACUUUCAAGGAUUUAAGUGAGUUUCUAAACACACAGCAGAUCUUUUUGAUUCGUUCUUUAGAAACCGUCAUUCAGAAAGUGAAAGUAAGGUUCAGAUUUCUGGAGCUCAAACGGUGAAAAUGGCUUCAGUAAAUGUUUCUGCAGAAGAACUUUCUUGUCCCGUGUGCUGUGAUAUCUUCAAGAAUCCUGUAGUUUUAUCAUGCAGUCACAGUUUCUGUAAAGAGUGUCUUCAACAGUUCUGGAGAACCAAGACAACUCAGGAGUGUCCUGUUUGUAGGAGAAGAUCAUCAAAAGAAGAACCUCCAUGUAAUCUAGUGUUAAAAAACCUGUGUGAGUUGUUCCUGAAGGAGAGAAAUGAGAGAUGUUCAUCAGGAUCAGAGGAGAUCUGCAGUUUACACAGUGAGAAACUCAAACUCUUCUGUCUGGAGGACAAACAACCUGUGUGUUUAGUGUGCAGAGACUCCAAACAACACGACAAUCACAAAUUCAGACCCAUCAGUGAAGUGGUUUCUUCAUACAAGGAGGAGCUCAAUACAGCACUGAAGUCUUUACAGGAGAAACUCAAACACAAUGAAAGAAUUAAAGCAGAGUUUGAGAAAACCGUUCAACACAUCAAGACUCAAGCUGAGCACACAGAGAAUCUGGUUAAACAUGAGUUUGAGAAGCUUCAUCAGUUUCUCCGAGAUGAAGAAGAAGCUACAAUCACUGCACUGAGGGAGGAAGAGGAGCAGAAGAAGCAGGUGAUGAAGGAGAAGCUGGAGGAGAUGAACACACACAUCUCAGCUCUUUCACACACAAUCAAAGACACGGAGGAGAUGCUGAAAGCCAAUGACGUCUGCUUUCUAAAGGAGUUUCCAGUCUCAAUGGAAAGAGUCCAGAUCUCACAGCCGGAUCCACAGACGCCUUCUGGAGCUUUGAUUCAGGUGUCUCGCUACUUGGGGAACCUGACAUACAGAGUCUGGAAAAAGAUGCAGGACAUCGUCCACUACACUCCUGUGAUUCUGGAUCCAAACACUGCAGAUCCAUAUCUCAAACUGUCUGAUGAUCUGACCAGUGUGAGAAACAGUGGGAGAAAUCAAUCUGUUCCUGAUAAUCCAGAGAGAUUUGACAGUUAUCACUGUGUUCUGGGUUCAGAGAGUUUUAACUCAGGAAAACACUGCUGGGAUGUGGAGGUGAAAGAGAGUCAAUACUGGAAUCUUGGAGUAACUACAGCAUCAAAGCAGAGGAAGGGAAGUGUUUUCUCUAACACUGGUUUCUGGAGUGUAAGGUCUAAACAGUCCGCAGGCUCUGGUUUUAUUGUUAAUCAGGAUCUUGAGCGUGUGAGAGUUGAUCUGGACUGUGACAGAGGAACAGUGUCUUUCUCUGAUCCUGUAACAAACACACAUCUACACACAUUCACAAUCACCUUCACUGAGUCUGUCUUUCCUUUCUUUUAUAGUCUUGGCUCUCUGAGGAUCUUACCGUUCUGUGAUCAGUCAAAGUUACACCUGUAGUUCUGAAUCUUCUUUCAUAUGUGCUCAACAUUACAUUAGUUUAGUGUUGUUGAUCUGUGAUUGGUCCAGCACUGCAGACACACUGACAUUGUUAAAUCACUAUUAGACAACAGAUCAAUAAACAAGAAGCCAAAGUAACAUUGUAAAAAAUAAAAAUAAAAAACCUAAUAAUAGUCUAUAUCUUUGCUAAACCUGUUAGAAACUUUUUAAAUGUUAAACCGGAUCCUGUUUUUUAUCUUUAAAUAUUUGAUCAGGUUAUAUAAUUAGGAUAAUUGUCCAAACAGAUAACAUUACUUGUUUUCUCACUGGAUUCUGUGACUACAGUUUUGAGUUUCCUACUUCUGGCAGGCUUCAAACUAACAUAUAAUGAUAUUGUAGUUGUAUUGCAGUUAACUGUAGUGUGUGUUAUUCUGUCUUACAUUUGUGAUUACGUAAACUAUAAAAUAAUGGCACGAAAACUGCCAAAAUUAUUUCCUCUUAAUUUUAUGUUUGGUUUGAGAGUGACCUGAUAUUAUCUUAACAAAAAAACGUUCGCA